AUGGGGAAAUCUGGGGAAGAAAAGAUGGACGAGGCUGAGAAACGUUCCUCAUGCCAAUCUAUCUCAGAUAAGACAGUUUGGUUGCGCCUCAAACUCUACCGGUCUAAAAUAGCAACAUCUGAGAAACAACUAAACCGUCCAGCCAUCACGCUACGACGGAUCUUCCUCCGCGAUGCCCAGAUCCGUCAUGCAUUCGGACCCGACCUAGAGGCCAAAGCCAUGCUCCGCGCUGCUACUUCCACGAAUGGCCCCGACGGCAUGACAAGUGCGCCUACACGUACCUCAUACAUUCCUCCCCGAGAUUGCCCUUUACCUCUCCAUGCCCGCCCGUAUCGAUCGCCCCUCCCAUCCCCCCUCACGCACCCCGUUGCAGAAGCUCUCAAAUCGUGUCGUCCUCCAGCUGUUUUCCGAUUUCCAUCUCCCAUCUCAGCCCAGGCGCGAGUCCUAUUGCGGCGCCGGCUUGAGAAGCCAUAACCCCCCUCCCUUUUCCAUGUAGCGACGACAGACUGGGAAAUAUGGUUGAUCGUUACCAUCCCAUUCCUCGUUCUCCAUCUCCUUGUUUCCUCCCACCUUUUUUGCUACAUGCAUGCGACGAGUCGAC